UCAGUAUUGUGUUAAUAAUUCGUCUUGCCGGACGGCAAAAUGCUGGGCACAAUAGUUUUGACUGUUUUGGUCGCGAUACUCAUAAUUUUGGUGUCAAAUCGCAAAGAAGAGCCCAUACUUGGCAUCUACAAGCAAGGAGGCACUUUUUACAUCUUUAAAUAUGUUAUUUUCAGGGUGAUUCUGUUCGCAAGAAAGCUGGAGAAAAUGCGGCUGGAGACGCAGUUGGGCAAGAAAACCAACUUUGACUCGAUAGAGAAGCCGCAGCCGCUGUCCGAGCACGCGAAAGCGUUCGAUGCCGUCUUCUUCGUGGCAGCCAACCGCACCGGCUUCUACCUGGCGACGGGCUGCGAGACGCGCAAGAACGGCAAAGCCAACGCACUCUGCUACCUCAUGGUUCCAGGGAAAGGGCUUUUGUGUAGUGAAGCGCUGCCCAACACCGAGUUGGAGAUAGACCAAGAAAAGCUUGCGCAGGGCGAGUACCAGGCCGGAGGGGUCAAUUUUAAAAUGGUCACGCCAAUGAGUCGCUGGAAAAUCGCAUAUAAAGGCAAAAUGUUCCUCCACGGGAACAAAUCCCAGGUGUUUGACGUGGACUUCAGUGGAACGUGGUCGUCCCACCUGCCGCACUUUGACUACGAGCACGACCUGCACCCUGCCACCCUGGCGCGCGCAAUCGCCAGGGAAGACUGGAGCAGGGACUAUUUCGACACCUUGAAAGAGGCCCAUCAGGCGCAUUACGAACAACUAGGGCAGCUGCAGGGCAAAGUGACGAUCAACGAAGACGAAACGAUCAACUUCACCUCGCACGCCUUCCGCGACCACAGUUUUGGGAAAAAGCGAGACUGGACAUUGAUGCACAGAUAUGGAUUCCACAUUCUUUUCUUCAAAGAUGGUAGCAAGGUGGUGGUGGCUGUAAUUUCGCAGCCUUGCACCUCAUCAAGCUUGGAAGCGGGCUACGAGUGCAGCCCCGAGGGUGAAAUAACGCCGAUCGAGCGGGUGGACCUGGAACUGUUCCGGCACGGCGAGGCUGGCACCCCGCCGACCGAUUACGCCUUCCACUACAAAGCAGGGGGUCGCACGCGGCUUCUGCAGGUCCGAGUGGUGGCGUGCAGCGAGCAUUUCGUCAACGAGACCAGAAUGGUCGAGCGCUUCGUCCAGGUCUCCAGCGACGGACUCCAAGGCUGGGGCGUCUCCGAGUGGAACUACAAACGACCACGCGUCGAAUAAUAAAAAAAUACCAAAA